GAACGGACCAAUCACGAUCAAGGAUUUCGGCACCAAUUUAAAACCGAAGCGGUUCGCUUCCUGUUUUGUUAACAGCAACGAACACGAGUUAAUUGUUGAAGAAAGGAAGCAAAAAAUAUAUAUUUGGUCCUUUAAAUCAUUGCCAGUACUGAAGUGAAGCGAUUUCUUUUUAAGUCGGUUAUUUUUAACCGAGCCUCAUCUGACGUCGACGCUAACGUUAAGUUUGGUAACUUUUUACGUUAGAAGCCGUUGACAUAAAACAAGAUGCCGUCCCGUGUCGAGGACUACGAGGUGUUGUACACCAUAGGCUCCGGCUCGUACGGAAAAUGCCAGAAAAUAAGACGAAAAACUGACGGGAAAAUACUUGUGUGGAAGGAGCUGGACUACGGUACCAUGGCAGAGAGCGAGAAGCAGAUGCUGGUGUCGGAGGUGAACCUCCUGAGGGAGCUCAAGCACCCGAACAUAGUGAGGUACUACGACCGCAUCAUAGACCGGACUAACACCACGCUGUACAUCGUCAUGGAGUACUGCGAAGGGGGAGAUCUGUCCAGCCUCAUCAGUCGGUGCAUCAAGGAAAGGCGUUAUUUGGAGGAACAGUUUGUCCUGCGCGUCAUGGCGCAGCUCACGUUAGCCCUGUUGGAGUGUCACAGGAGGAGUGAUGGCCGGGCCACAGUUCUUCACCGAGACUUGAAACCAGCCAACAUCUUCCUCGACAUCAAACAGAACGUCAAGCUCGGCGACUUCGGCCUAGCGAGGAUCCUGAACCAUGACACCAGCUUUGCAAAGACGUUUGUCGGGACGCCAUACUACAUGUCUCCGGAACAAAUCAACAGGAUGUCUUACAAUGAGAAGUCAGAUAUUUGGUCACUGGGAUGUUUGCUGUAUGAACUUUGUGCAUUAUCGCCUCCGUUUACUGCUUACAACCAAAAACAGCUGGCAGAGAAGAUCAGAGAGGGGAAGUUCAGAAGAAUCCCGUAUCGCUACUCGGAAGAACUGAACACCUUACUCAGCAAAAUGCUCAACUUAAAGGACUACCUGAGGCCCUCUGUGGAGUCCAUUCUCCAGAGCAGCCUACUGAGCGAUGCGGUUGCAGAGGAGCAGAGGAGGGCACAGGUGAGGCCCAGGCGGAAGUCGGCAGACUCUGUCUGUCCUGUCCAGAAGCCGAAUGAGCCGGCGCCUGCUCCUGCUGCAGAGCUCCGACUCAGGGAACAGGCACUGCGGGACAGAGAACACGCACUGAAGGAACGUGAGGAGAGACUUGAGAAAAGGGAGCAGGAGCUCUGUGUUCGUGAGCGACUGUCAAAUGAGAAGCUUGCACAAGCCGAGAGCUUACUGAGGAAUUACAGUCGUCUACAGCAGCACAGAGACCCGCUGUUUUAUGGCAAAGACAUAGAUGUGGAGAACAUGUCCCCUGGCAAGAAGAAGGUCCACUUUGCCGCCGAGAGCAAAGAGAACAAGCGGCCCGACGGUCGUCGGAGUGCGACGUCCCAGGAGCUGGUGUUGAGGAGGCUGCAGGAAGCCAAUCUGCGAACUCAAACACUGAACGAAGUGGAGAAGAUAUGUCAGUUCAGAAGCAGGCAGAUCCUUGGCAUCCGCUGAACACACACACACCACUGAUUUAUGACUGAAUGUGAAGCUAAGAGUCAAAGAACUGGAUGUAAAUUAAGAUUUAUUUAUAAUAACCCAGUAGCUGUGACAAGCCAAAUGACCACUUGCUGUCAUGUGUAUGUUACUACAAGCUGUGUAGUGUGGUAGGUUUCUUUAGUUGCACAGUGUGACGUGUGGAUGGGUUGAUAUUGCAGGCAGCUCAGUUAAUGUGUGUAUUUGUGUUAUAUUUAUGUGAGUCCCUGUAACAAAUGGCAGCAGACAUAGAUCCUGAUGAUCUAUAAGAGUUUAUAGCAUAAACACUCACUUGCCAGGUCAUUAGGUACAAAUGCAGGGAAAACAAAUGUAUUUUAAUAGAAGUCCUCCACUAAAUCUUAGCUCCAUGAAGUUUAUGAUACUUAACCCUAGUUUAUUAUAACUGUGAGGGCUGAUUCAAUUGGAUUUUGUAGAGCUAUAUUUACAUCUUUAUAUUACUGUGAUUGCUCCAUUGUAGGCAGGGGGCUAGGCUGAAUAACAGAUGCACAGUUGAAUAGCCACAUUUCUUGCCCAGUUUCAACAUGAACGGGCUCAGUCCACACCUGUUAUGUUAUAAUGCACAUGUUUUCUCUAGUGUACAAUGAAUUGACAAGUGAGUGUAUGAGGAGUCAGUCCUCAACUUGUGACGACAAUGAACAUGUAAAUUAUUUCAAGUGAAUUUAUUAUAUUUUAAAGGAUUCAAAAUAAAUGUGUUAAUUACAAAAAAAUA